AUGACCGACACCCAACGAUCUAAACCCACGAUGGCUGUCGCUCCAAUCAAGGAGAGCCAACCCUCAAAGUUAGAUGCUUUCCUAUCAGCACACCCCGAAAUCCAGAUUGGUCGCGCCGCCUUGGAAAGCCUCCAAUCUGCCCACGAUGGCAGCGACUCAUUCUCCAUCAUCAACAAGCCGUUCGUAAACAUGGUGCUGUAUCAAGAGUUCAAUGCGGAUACGAGAGAGCGCAUAUACGUCGUCGCAUUGAUUGACGACCAGAAGGCUCUUGAUCAAUAUGAACAAGACUGCGGUGGCACUUCGAACGAAGAUGGAUGCGAUUGUGCAGAGAACCAAGGGCCCGAACACAUGAUUUACGAGCGUGUCGUCGAGUACAAGAGCGCGGAUUGCGAGGACCACAAGGAUGAGCCGGAGCCAAACCCUGAUUGUUCUCAGUGCUGGCCAGUCUUGUGUGGGAGUAAAUGCGCUCCGUGA